AAAUUGACGAGAAAAUAAAAAUGUUGAAAGCUGAAGAAAAAAAUAAACGCGCGUCAAAAAGUAAAUGCAAUAAAUCGGAAGCAUCGAAAGUAAUAGAUCGGUCUGAAUUGGGCUCUAGUCGUAAAAAAGCAUCUGUAAAAAGGUGGUCGCCAGAGACUAAACUCUUGUCGGGCGAGAAUAAAAAACCACGAAAUGUUUUAUUGAAAGGGAAUGGAGCCAAAAGCAAUAAAAGUGCAAAUUGGCAGGAGAAACUUUCUUCGGCAAUGCAGGCUCAAGUUUCAAAAGUGAUCGAUAUCCAAAAGAAAGAAAAAUCGAUCAGCAUCGAAAACAGUAACCUAAGUAGUUCUCCCGAUUCGAAAAAUGCUUCGUGGUCAGAAGAUGAGUCAAACAGGGAAUUAACAACUCCCGAAAAAAUCGCAAAAAAAAAGCAUUAUGCACAGCAGAAGCAAUCAGAUAUCGCGGCAUUAAUGAAAAUAGCGUCAAACGCACCAGUUUUGGAGCCGCGGAAAAAAUCUGAGUUACCAGCACUUAAAAAAAAUGAGACCAAAGAGCUUUCAAGAAAUUAUUAUUCAAUAGUAGAUGACGAAAAUAAGGAUUUGCGACAGGAUCUAGAAUCAAAAAUCAAAAAUAUAAAGGCAAAAGAAACUACUAAUAAGAUUAUGGAUGAUGAUGAAUAUAAUGAUGAUGAUUACCCAUCAACUACAGUUGACGAGCGUAAUCUGCAAUCUAACGACCAAUUAUUAGGACAAAAUUCGCCAGGCGAUAAGAUGGUCUUACUGCAGGAUGGGGUGUUCUGCAAUGAACGCGUUUUGGAAGUCGCAUUGAGUUCGUCGCACAAGGCGAGCCAUAUUGUCCGCCGCCUAAUUGUAGGCGUAUUUAAGCUUGAGAGCUUAAAGAACUGCACAUUCACGGGCGCAAGUCACCGCGGAGUGCAUGAAAACAAAGACGACAUCACUUGUUUAAACUUGCACGCAAGAAAUAGUAUCAUUGAUUAUGCAAUGAAAUUGGCAAAAAGAAAAGGGUGGGUAACACAAUCUAUCAAGGAACUAAAUACCGCGAUGUCACAAAAACUGGGCGAAAUAAAAAGAGAGCUGAAAAACGCUGAUGCCCAAAACAAGUAAUUUUUUUGAACGGGUGUUUGUGCUCAUUUCGUUUUUUAAAAUUAAAAAAAUUUU